AUGGUGAGCGGCACUUUCGGCCGAGCCAAGCGAGUCACCGACCCGCUCGACGACAGGGCCAGAGCUCGACUCAUCUCCGGCCACGACAACCUCAGCUACGCCAGCAGCGGCAGCGAGCAUUCCGCCGCCGACCUCGACCUCCACGACGACGAUUCCCCUUGCCUCUCCCAUCUCGUCCAAGGUUUCCUCGAGGAGGAGGCGGAGAACGAUUCCUCCUCAUCACUCGCCGGUCACGAUUCCGACUCCGAACCGACCGACUCGCUCCCGGACUUCCCCGAUUCUUUCGCUGACAUCGCCUUCGCCGCCGACCCCGGCCGGAACCUACUGUCGGCGCAGGUGAACAAGGCCGCCGCGCUGGCCUUCUCCCACCUCCGGAACCAGAAACCCGCGCUCCGGCGCGAAGUGAUGUCGUUUCUCAGGGAGUCGGGCCACAAUGCCGGGAUCUGCAAGACCAGGUGGGACUCCUCCGGUGGUUUGACUGGCGGGACGUACGAAUUCAUCGACGUCUUCCUCUCACCGGCGGCGGCGUGGCCGAAGCGGUACAUUGUAGAUCUGGAUUUCGCGUCGCAGUUCGAGAUUGCGAGGCCGACCGCGCAGUACCAGAGGGUGCUGGACUCCCUGCCGAGAGUAUUCGUCGGCGGGAUCGCGGAUCUGAAGAGGAUUGUGAGGGCGGUGAGCGACGCGGCGAGAAGGUCUCUGAAAUCGAAGGGCCUCUCGCCGCCUCCGUGGAGGAAAAAUCGCUACAUGCUAAACAAUUGGCUUGGGCCUUACCGUCGUACGAUCAAUCCGGUGCCGGCAAGCUCAUUCCCGUCGGUGAUCGGUGGCGGCCAAUGUAGGGUAGUCGGUUUCGACGACGGGGGUUUCUUGGGGGUCCGGCUUUUCUUCCAAUCUGUCCCUCCAGUCUCUGUUUUCCCCGAGCUAGCGGCCGCCGCCAUGUCGAGAAUUGGGAACAACAUCUUCUCGUUACUGGAGGGAGUAGAAUGCGACCCAUCCAAGGUCAUUGAGAACGCCAAUCUCGUCCACAAGGCUUCCCCUGCUCCUGCGCCUUCCAAGAAAGAAAAAAUUGCCCAAAAAGCAGUCUCCAAGAACGAAGCCGCUCUUGAUCUUCAGCAACACCUAUUAUAUCCAAGUCAGAAUCGACUCAGAAACCUCAGAAGGGAACGUCAGGGUAAUAACAAUGGAUAUGUUAGCAAUGGGCGCCGACAAGAAAGUAGCAGAGGGUCUCAAGAGAAGGAUGGGGAGCUGAACAACAACCACAACAUUAAUGGCGGGAGGUAUUAUGAGCAUAGGAAUGGGUAUCAGGGUGGUUCUCGCGGUGGUUAUAGUUACAAUAACCAAUACAGGAAGAACAACAACUACAGCAAUGGAAGAGGGUACAACAAUUCCGGAGUGGAGGAAGAUUGCAGGAACCAGCUGCCCGAAGUCGUGGAUCAGGGUUCUGCUUCAAAUGUUGGGGAUGAUAGCUGGCAGGAGGUAGGUUCCAGGCGCAAUGUUCAUAAACAAGCCCGAGUUUACAAUUCCGGUUAUCGCAGGCGCCGAUACCACAAUGGCUGGCAGAAUCGAGAGAAUCACAGCAACAAGAAUGGCUCUGAAAGCACGGAGAGGAACGAUACCAAUGGUGUCGAUGGAAGCGAGGCGGCUCCUGCGAUUAGUGCUGCUGCUGAUAUCGACACGGAUGAUGUCCAUGGAAGCGAGAAAUCUCCGCUGAUUGAUGCUGCUGCUGCUGCUGCUGAUAUUGUGGAUGCUAAGUCUGAGAUUGGCAGUGCUACUGCAGACAGCACGAGCGAAGUUACUCAAGGAGAUGGUGGUGCCAAUGCUACUGGGUCGGAGGAGUCUGCUGAGAAGAAGUCUGAAGGGGAGGAGAAUAAAAACAAGAAGAAGAAGAAGAAAAGAAACAACAAGAACAACAAUGGAGAUCAGUUUGAUAAGGAGAAGGAAGCACAGUCUAGAGUGGAUGACAGGAAACUGAUGACUCUUAAAGAGUAUGAGAAGCUUCAGUUGCAAAAGAAGGAAGCUUUGGAGGCUCUGAAAAGCGGCGAGGCAAGGCAAGUGAGGGUCGACAAGGAUUUGGAAUCGAUGCAACUCGUGGAGAAGAAGAGGAAGGAGGAAAGUGAUGCAUCGAAGAUGAAAGAAGAGGCAGAGAAGAAGAAGGCCAGCAGCCCCGUCAUUAAGAAGAAGGGCAUCGACGAGUUUGUCAAGCCGAAGACGUUGGCAGCUGGACGUCCCCACGGCGGCGGGAACUAUCAAAGCCAGGACCGGCGGAAUUAUGGCGACGGCGAGAGGUUUAACAACCAAUCCAGGGCUGGACGUGGCCUCGGGAAUUAUCAGCAUCAGCGGGAAAACUAUGGGGAUGAGAAGGUUUUCAAUGGCCGCAGGGGAAGCGUCGGUGUGAGAGGCAGGGGAAACGGCGGCGUUAAUUACAGCAAUAGUUCUUCAUCCGCCGGUGGUGAUGGUGCCGCCGCGGCGACGGCGGGGGACGUUUCUGCUGCUGGCGGCGGCGCUAAGGGUGGCCCUGAAUUCGCUAUUGACCCAAAACAAUUUCCUGAGCUUCUCAGAGAAAAGUGAUUUUUGUAGACUCAGUAGUCCGGAUAUCAAGAUUAAAGAUUUAAUUA